AUGUCGGUCAUGGCCUCGCGUCCGCCCUCCAUGCCCGCCGCCGCCGGUGGAAGCGGCAUGCCCUCCAAGCGCCCGCGCCUCUCUCUCCAGAUCAAGACCAACAACCCAGCCUCGACGACACAUUUCGCCCAGCGGCCCGCCAUCACCACCGCUACGCGCCCCUGCUCCCUCAACCCCUCGGACCCGACCGCCUUCAACACCCUCUCCAACGCCUACGUGACCGCUAUUGAGCGCGCCGCCACCCCCGUCGCCUCGCCCGUCGGCGAGCCUCUCACGGCCAUUCGCAAUAUGCAGGCCAUCUCUCUGUGCUCGCCCACUCUCGGCCCGGCGCCCGCUCGCAGCUCGUUUCCUGCGACGCCGCUGUCCGCGUACCCCUCGUCGUCGCCGAGCAAGCCGAUGCUGCCCCUGCUGCUGCUGCUGCCCAGCGUCAUGUCCCCGACGCCGCCUGUAUCAGCGGGGGCCGUGGAGAUGGGCAGUCGUGUGUUUAGUUUCUCCCCGCGUGACGCGGCGGCAGGUAGACACUCCCUCGAGCAGGCCCUCCACGCUGCCGCCGCCGCCGCCGCUGCUGCUACGACGACGACGACAACAACAACAACACCCUCUUCGCCCGUGAUCACGCCGCCGAAGCAGCAAUCGGCACCCCCUCGCACCACCCUCUCCGCCUCACCACCUCCGUACACGCACGCCAAGGCCCUCCGGAGCAUCCUCCGCAACUCGCCCCUGCCCUCCCGCCGGCCAAACGCCGCCGCCACCUCCUCACCGCGCGGUCUCGCGCCCACCGUGCGCAUACAAACCCCGGACGUGCAACGCGCCGCCAAGCGCGUGUGCUACCACAGCCCCAUUGAGCAGGAAAUCAUCACCAACACGUACACCAAGUCCCACAUUGACCUCCUCGUCGACGAGGCCAGCACCAUGACUACCUCGCCCCGCGGCCUGCCCGUCGACCUGUCCCGCGCCUUCUCCGCCAACGAGAUCCAAGACGGCGGCCAGACACCAGGCCCCUUUGAGGACGAGAACAGACGGCUCGGCGCGGCCCUGCGCAGCGCCGACCGCGGGACGACGACUGCGCCGCCCCCGCGAAGCGAGAAGAAGAGGCGCUGGGUCUGGACCAUUGGCAGAGAAGAGGACGCGGAAGAGGAUGAAGAGCAGCUCGGUGGCGCCGUCGUGGCUGCGGCGAGAGCGGCGGCGGCGGCGGCGGCGGCUGGGGAAGAGAGAGUCACGCCGGCGCCGGUGCUGAGUGUACCGAAACCAGAGGCCAAGCUGGACGCUGGCAAGGGAGAUGUGGAAAUGUCGUCAUGA